AUGGGGUCCGGCGUACUGUGCGCACUCCUCAACUUCACGACGUCCGUCUUUGGGGCAGAACAAACUAGUGGCGAGCUCAACAAGCUGGCAAACAGCAACCCAGCAAUGGAAAGGUAUCACUCCGUUCACGAGGAAGAUAUCUCCAGCUUCGACCUAUCGUCAACCCAUCGACUGCCCACUGUGUCCGCCGCGGAGGCACUGGAAGAUCUGGAUGGUGACGUCGCCAGGCGCAUCUCUACAGGUCUCGAUCGACUAGACGAGACGCUCGUAUCUUCUUCAUCUUACCAAGACACUGGCUCAGCGCGUGGAGGUCUUCAGAGAGGCCAAGUCACCGAGAUAUGGGGACCGCCUGGCUCAGGCAAGACGGCUCUGGGGUAA